UAAAGGGGUAGCCCAGAAGUUGUAUAAGUUAUUGAUUUUUGCAGAAAUAUGGUUACACUUUGUAAUGUGAAAAUAGUAAAUUAUAGUACAUGUACUUAUCGACUUUAACAGUUCAACCGAGAGGUUUAAAGUUUAUAGUGUGCAUGUUCUUUUGUUAAAGAGGUAGAGAGUGCUUAGUAGAAUUGUGCUUGUGUAAUUAAGUGACAGGAGUUAGUCAGUUUUGGGAUAAAAUAGGUGAAAAAAAAAUCAUGAGUGAAAAGAAAAAAGUUACGGUGAUACAGUGUAAGGAUUUAACUAGGUCAAUCACAUCAGACAUGGACAAGGGACAGGAGGAAAAUGGUAUUGCCUUACAGAAGAUAACAUCCAAAGCAGAUUCUGCUAACUCACAUGCCAAUCCGAUUUUCUCCAUGGAAACCGAAUCUGACUCUGGACCACCACCCUACAUCGGUCCCUCAGAUGGAGGAGAGAAUUCUCGUAGUGGGGAUAUUCCGGGAGGAGGGCAUUUAGACGAUAAGGGUUAUCAAAAACGAGCGACAUCACCUUCGAACAUUAGUAUAAAUGGAGACAUUCAGAAGUUAGAUAGUCUCUUGGCAGUGGAUGGUACAAAUGUGGAAACCAGAAAAAGACAUAAGAGUGAUGGGGCGGUACCAAACACCCCAGUUGGUAAAACUUUCCUUGAUCCGAACAACAAAAAGAGUUCCAUGUACGAGAGUAAAAGCACGAUCAGUGGUGUGAAGUUUGAUGACUCUUUCAUAGAUGAGUCCGGCACUACACUUAUUUAUUCCAGACAUGAGAAAGUACCACUGAAGGACUUCACGAUGGAGGUUCGUGCUCACAUGGAUAUCAAGAAGUUCCUUAACAACACAGUAUUGCUGCUCGAUCUGACACAGGUCAGCUUGGAUGCGAUCAUUGACGAGAUUCUACAUAAACUGCUCGACACAGCGGAGAGCAAAGUAGCCUUUGAUCAGGCACGUUCUGCACUCUUCACCCAUGAUAACGUGCAUCAGUUAACUCGCACUUUACAGUGCACAAGUAUCUCUGAAGGUGGUGGCUUUGACUAUGACCAGAGCUGGAUAUGUGCAAUAGCAAGUGUGCCAUCUAUCAGCCGAAGACAUGUUGGUAUUGCGAAGCUCAAACAUCCUGCUAAUUUUGGACCAUCGAGUCAAGAAGUAUACUUUGUUAUACUUAUUCUCACACCAACCAAGGAGAAAAGCACGAAGAAUGAUUUAGAGACAGGCAGAACAUUCUCAACAAUAUUCUCAGAUCCUGACCACAGAACGCAGCUCUUAGAUUGCCAUACAGAGGAAGAGUUUAAGAAAGUUCUCGCUGACAAUACAAACGCAAUGAUGGAACGAAUGCAUCAUGUUGAUGAAAAAGUGCCAACAUUUGAUAAUGAAAAGGAGAAGAAGUGCUGUCGAUUUAUGACUGGAGUUGUUGGGGAUCUGAAGAGGAGGAUUCCACAUUAUUGGUCCGACUACAAAGAUGGUGUUGUUGGACCAAAGUCUAUACAGAAGACACUAUCUACGACUUUCUUCCUGUACUUUGCCUGCCUCAUGCCUUCCAUUGCAUUUGGUGUACUCAAUAGUGAAAAUACUUACGGAUCUCUCAAUGUGGAGAAGGUGCUAUAUUCCCAGACUAUCGGAGGUCUUGCAUUUGCUCUGUUUGGAGGAACGCCACAGAUUGUAUUGCUGACUACUGCACCACUGGCUUUAUACACCAAAAUCAUCUACAGUAUAUGUGAAGAUUUUGACCUGGACUUUGAAGCCAUGUUUUGUUGUGUUGGACUGUGGAACACUUUCUUUCUAUUUUUAUACUCGGCAUUUGAUCUCAGCGAAGUCAUGAAGUGGUCCACAAGGUCGUCAGAGGAGAUAUUUGCGUUGUUCAUUUCCAUAGCUUUCACAAUUGAUGCUAUCAAAAAUACUGUACAAAAUUUUGACGUUCAUUACAGCAUUCCAGAGUGUGCGAAUGAUUUUAACAGUACGAAAGUGGCUGUUGAAAAUGCACUGAACAAUGUUACAGCUGAGGUCCGUCCCUGUGAACGAGAUGUCAGUUUACUUUAUUUGUUACUAUUACUGGGAACCCUAUGGCUCGGUGUGACACUCUACAACUUUACAAAAACGCCAUAUUUGAAUCCAGGAAAGAGAGAACUGUUGGCUGACUACUCAUUACCUGUUGCUGUUGUUAUUAUUAGUCUUAUUGGUGUGUUUGCUUUUGAUGAUGUAAAUAUGGGUAAAGGGUUUGACUCAGCCCGUGGAAAUAAUAUAUUUACGGUAGUUCCUCUACACAAGUUGUCAGUUGGUGCAGUAUUCGGUGGUAUGGGACUGGGUUUCUGUCUCUCACUGCUUUUCUUUAUGGAUCAAAAUAUCUCCGCAGCACUUGUAAAUGCUCCACAAAAUAAAAUGAAGAAAGGAACAGCAUAUCAUUGGGACCUGUUAGUGAUAGGAUUGGUCAAUGGUGUACUGUCAAUAUUUGGAUUUCCCUGGGUGCACGCUGCUCUACCACACUCCCCAUUACACGUACGUGCUCUUGCUGAUGUAGAGGAACGUGUUGAUCAAGGGCAUAUCUAUUCAAUUAUUGUGAAAGUAAGGGAAACACGCCUCACAGCAAUAUUUUCACACAUUCUGAUUGGUUUAUCACUGCUGAUAUUGCCUGUACUAUCUUAUAUUCCAACACCCGUGCUGUACGGACUCUUUCUGUAUAUAGCUGUAACAGCGCUCACCGGGAACCAGAUGUUUGAGAGAAUUAUGUUGCUCAUUACAGAACAGAGUGCAUAUCCACCCAACCACUAUAUCCGUCGUGUACCACAACGAAUGAUGCAUUUCUUUACGUUGCUACAGUUGAUCCAGUUGGCUGUACUUUGUGUAUUUGGUUUUACUCCAUAUCCAUAUCUGAAAAUGUUCUUCCCAAUACUCAUCUUUAUCCUGAUUCCACUGAGACAAAAAAUAAUUCCAAAGAUUAUCCAACAGAAAUAUCUGAAUGCCAUGGAUGGACACUGAAUGUAUUGAUAAUAUUUCACUUACGGAUGAUAUCAGAUCUGAACCAAUUGGAAAAAGAUACAUCAUGCAAGUGUAUGGACUGAGGAUCUGAAAUUCCUAUGCACAUUGUGGUGCCAUGUCAUAUAGACAUAUGAAUUGUUGUCUUUCCCAAUUUUUUUUUAUUCCAAAAAAUUGCCAGGAUACUAACACAUUAAUACUAUACUAUACCAUACUAAUAUUAAUAUAUUACAAUUUUUGCUAUGAUUAAGUGUAUGAAACAAAAGAAUGAACAUGUAAACAAGUUUGAACUUGAUAUGUUGUGUUUCUAAAGAUAACAAAAAAAUCAAUAAUUUGUAGACAUUUGAUUUAAAGUAGAAACACACAGGCUUGAAAAUAUUGUUGUUCAAAAGGACUAGGGCAAGAAAAUUUCUCAGUUCAGAGAGACUUAAGAGUUCAAAAUAUUGCAGUUUAGAAAAGGACCAAUAUUGUUAAGUUUGAAGCCUAUACAAUGAUAAUGUUUUGUUUUUUGUUAUUGUUUGGUUGUUCACUUUCUGAGACAUUAAUGUGUUUAAUUAGUAUUUCAUUCCCCGCUGAAAAUGAUUUUUACAUGUUUUUGAAGGUUAAUUAACCUUAUACUUGAGGAUAACUGUUGACCAUAAAGGUAGUUCUGCACAUUUGAAACAAAUAUUGUUCUACAAUGUAGAAUUUUAUUAAACCUUAUUUUUUCAAAACAUCAUUGAAUGUAAAAGAAAUUCAGCCAACAAAAAAAGAUAGGGUCAAAUGCUUGAAUUUUGGUUUGAUUUGAGAUUGUAUUUGGAAAGAUAUUCUAUGCUCAUCUCUCACAUGUUGUAUGAUGAGAUAUUGAUCUGGUUCAGAUAAAUAGUAUAAACUAAAAGUGUAUGUAGAGCUGAUCUCGCAGUUAAAUGUCCAAAAGUAUCAGCUAUAUUUGUUAAAAAAACAACAAAAAAACGUCCUGCUUUUUUUUAAUAGUGGCUUUUACAUAUUCAUACUGCGUAUACUUUGACAUAUAUUAGUGUGUCCUUUCUUGAACACACACAAUUUCCAUUUACAUAUCCACUGUGUUGUUAUUGUUUAUAUAUUCAGAUAUGACUUUUGAGCAUAAUAUAAUAUUAUAUUCAAGUAAAACUUCUUAGGGCAUUGCAUAUGUAUUUUGAAACAGAACAGGCCAAAUAUUUUGUGUUCCAUUUAUGUUUAAUAAAAAGCUUUUCUGUGUUAAAGUAAUUCUCAAUCAUUAAUAAACCUUGUUUGGUAAUAGAAAUGCAAAGCAAUGGGCCUAAGACUUCUUUUGUUUGACCAGGUACACAAUUGUAUCAUGAAGAUGUACAUAUUUUUCGUAUAUUUUUGUAGAUAAUCAAAACUUGCAAUAUUAUGGUCAUGUAGAUCAAAAAUGUACCUUUGUGUAAAGAGCUUUCUUAUAUCUUUGUUGCCUAUACCUUUGACACUUUUGACUAUACACAGAACUGUUAUAUUUUGUACAUAUAAUUGUUAUUCAAAUAUUUUAUACAAAGCAAACACAUAGUGAUUAGGACUGCCCUCGACUGAAUUACUGUCCCCACUUACUUAAAGGAAAAAAGGGGGACUUUGAAAUGGACUGUGUCCUUCUGUCUGUCCUGUCACACUACAUGUCGUGUCCAUAACUCUACCAUCCAUCAAGAGAUUUUUGAAUUACUUACCACAGUUGUUCUUCAUAAUGACACGACAUGUUGCACACAAAACCCAGACGCCAUUCUAAGGUCAAGGCAUCAGUUUGAGGUCAAAAUUUGACAAUGAUUGUUGUGUGUCCUGUCCACAACUUUGCCAUCUAUGAAGGCGUCUUCAAAUUACUUGGUGCAAAUGUUCCCUGUAAUGAGCGCUAAGUUCAAAGCUACACUUGGAGGUCAAAGGUUGACAGGGCCAGUUUUUUUGUCCAGUGUGUGACACUGACAUCCAUCAGCAGAUUUUGAAACUACUUUGUACAAAUAUUCCCCAUAAUGAGAUGAUGUCAUGCCCAAGAUACUGACAUCUACCUCAAAGGUCAAGGUCAAAAUUAGAGGUCAAAUAAUUUAGGUCAUUUUUCGUGUAUGGUCAAUUAAUUCAUUAUGCAUAGAUGAAUAUUCAAGUUACUUUACACAAAAAGAAGGUUAUUUUCAAAUAUAGUACAAAGUAUGUUCCAUGUUUUGUGUUAAGGGAACGUAAACAACAAAGUAAACUAGCUCCAAGACCAUGAUAUUUUUUUUUAUUUUUAUUGUUAAAAUUGUGAAUAUAGCCAGUCUAUAUCCUAUGUCCAAUAUCAUAGACUGAUAAUACUACAAUCAGUUCUCUGACAAAAUCUCUAAAAUAGACUUGAAUUUGUCACUUUCACAUAAAAUAAAAGAAAAAUACAGAAGAUGAAUUUUUGUGACAAAUUCUUUAUUAUCAGUUAAGUGGCUAGUCUUAACAACAAAGGUAUGGGGUAGCUCUUUAUGUUGUUAUUGAACCAUUUCAUUCAUGUUGUUGUUGUUUGUUGUUAACAAAAGAGUAAGCUUUUUACAUUAGACAACAUUGUAUUAUACAAAUAUGUACAGAUUUUAUACAUGCAUAGUUAAAAAUAAAUCAUGAUGAUUUG